CAAACCAUCAUCACUUCUUUUGCAUUGUGUGGAAACUUCAAGUUUUUUUUUUCUUUUUCCUUCAUCUUCCCUUGGUAACAAACUUUCUCCAAACAGAUUAUAAGAAAAUUAAAUCUCAGCAAGAACUAAGAUGAAGUUCCCGGUUGUACAAAUUUGUAUCAUCUCUCUGCUCCUCACAUCUUCUUUGUUCAUGCUCUCAACCGCCGAUACGUCAACGUGCGGCGGAAGAUGCAAUGUGAGAUGUUCAAAGGCAGGAAGACAGGACCGUUGUCUCAAGUAUUGCAAUAUAUGUUGCCAGAAGUGCGAUUGUGUACCUUCGGGAACUUAUGGAAACAAAAAUGAAUGCCCUUGUUACCGCGAUAUGAAGAACUCCAAAGGCACAUCUAAAUGUCCUUGAACAUGUUUCAGAAGAUGAUUAUCCUUAUAGACAAAAAUAUCUAAAUUUUAUAUAUAAGGCCAUGUUAAGAUUGUGUUUGAUGCAUGAAAUAAUAAGUUUAAGUACUCGUUAUGUAUGAAAAUGUGGGAGAUCUUGCCAAUAAAAUGAGAUUUAUAUUUUCAAUAAGAUGGUUUUGUACUUCAAAUAA